AUGGCGCCACAUGCAGUGGUGAGGACAGCCCCGGGCGACCUGGCAGUCAGCCUGAGGAGCCCACGAAGGCUUCCCCAGAGGAGCCAGCCACCCAAGGGGACAGAGCAGCUGAGCAUGCCAGAUCCCAGGGUGCAGCUGAGGGAGAAAAAGGCCGGCCAGAGAGGGUCUGGCGUCAGAGGGGACAGCCCUGCAGGAGUUUGGAAAGUUGCUGGAGGCACUGAGGAAGAAAAGACGCACCUGUUCCCAGCCCUAGCUCCCCUGCAAGAUGCCUGGAACCUGCCUGGACAUGAAGGAUCUAAACCUUUCGCACGUUCCGGCUAUAAACCCUCCCCACCCAAUGGAUGUGGUUCUCCACUCUUUGGUGUUCAUCUUAACAUCGGUAUCCCCUCCCUGACCAAGUGCUGCAACCAACAUGACAGGUGCUACGAGACCUGUGGCAAAAGCAAGAGCGACUGUGACGAGGGAUUCCAGUACUGCCUGGCCAAAAUCUGCCGAGACGUGCAGAAGACGCUGGGGCUGGCCCAGCACGUGCAGGCUUGUGAGACAACAGUGGAGCUCUUAUUUGACAGUGUGAUCCACUUAGGCUGUAAACCCUACCUGGACAGCCAGCGAGCUGCCUGCAGGUGUCGCUAUGAAGAAAAGACAGAUCUUUAAAGAAGACGUGGCAGGUGGUGGCAGAGGAUGAGGAUGGAUGAACUUCAGCCUUGACAUGGAACAGAUAUUCCAGCAUAACGUUGCCUUAUUUGCGCAAAAGGAUUGUUUGAAGACCUCAUUUUGGCAUUAAAACUUCAAAGUAACCCCAAAGGGGGGAGGUGUCUCCCUAGUUUCUGCUGCCUUAAUGUGCCAAAUGGUUUGAGUAGUAUCAGCAAGAGGUGCGUGUUAAGGGGAGAAUUUUUUUUAAAAGUUUGUUACGCUAUUUCCACUGCCAUAUUUACCCCAAAAAGAGGUCAAAUUUAAAAUUCUUUAUAAGGUUUGUUCAGUAUUGUGUUGCUUGGAAAUACGGGGAAAUCUUCAUUUAGAAACAUAUUUUAGAGUAUGUAUAAUUUUAAAUGUACAUUUAUACCUGGAAGGAUCUGACCUUUGUCCUAUUUUAAUUAACACACGUAGGCUGUUUUCCUGUAGGCUGCUCAGCAUAUGAAUAAGUCACGGCUCUGUUAUGACAGGACUAGGUGCAAGGACUAGGUUCCCAUGUCUCUCCUGUAAAAUUGGAACUGUCAGCUCUGAGGGUGCAGUACCAGGAUCUGUAGGUAUUACGUGGCACACCAAGAAGGGAACAUGGAAGAAAUCUGAAGCAUAGCUGCUCCCAUUUUAUGGAUCUUUUGCAAGAAAUGUCAUGCUUUGCUACAACCUUGGCAAAGAUGGGUUGAAGGAGAUGGCUCAGAGCCGUUGAGCACACCUGUCAGAGCAGCCUGCUGUUAGGCUGUGGCCUUGUUUCCUGGCAUGCGUUCCUCACUGUGGAUUCUGGGGCAUCUUUAAAGGACUGUAAACUUUUAUUGACACGAAUAAAAAUUGUUCUUGA